AUGAGCAGGCGGAAUUGUUGGAUUUGUAAGAUGUGCAGAGAUGACUCUAAGAGGCCUCCUUCAAACCUUACUUUGGAGGAAGCAUUACAGUGGGCCCAGUCUUUUGAAAAGUUGAUGGCUACGAAAUAUGGUCCGGUAGUCUAUGCAGCAUACUUAAAAAUGGAGCACAGUGAUGAAAAUAUUAAAUUCUGGAUGGCGUGUGAAACCUAUAAGAAAGUUGCCUCACAGAGGAGCAGAACUUCUAGGGCCAAGAAGCUUUAUAGGACUUACAUCCAGCCACAGUCCCCUAGAGAGAUUAACAUUGACAGUUCGACAAGAGAAACCAUCAUCAAGAAUAUUCAAGAACCCACUCAAACGUGUUUUGAAGAGGCUCAAAAAAUAGUGCAUAUGCACAUGGAAAGGGAUUCCUAUCCCAGGUUUCUAAAGUCAGAAAUGUACCAGAAACUUCUGAAGACUAUUCAACCCAACAACAAUUCUUGA